AUGGCUCGUCUCCUACAUCCGGAUGAAUAUGACAUCGCCACGCGCUCCUCGCUCGACUCGCAGGGCACCUUCAAUCUAGACGAGGCCGACUUUGAAUCGCAAACACAUCCCAUAUCGAAGGUAGCCUUGCGCCGGCUGCCGUGGCUGUCCCGAAUCUUCUCCUCGCCAUUCUCGAGCUACCGCCAAUUAAAGCCCAGCAGGCCGACCUUCGCAAGCUCAAGCUCAGACCGGUCGAGUUUCCCUCGACGAUUUGCAUUCCGACGUCGCUUUUGUUAUCUUCACAUCGUCUUUGGGGUGCUUUUUGCCCUCUGUCUCCUCACCUUUAUCUUUUGCCCUUCCUACACGCGUCCUCCAGCACAUUACUCGGCCCUCAGCAAACACCUAAAGGGAAAGAUAUACCCUGGCCGCGGCAACCGUCGCCAUGAGAGAGUGUUCAUUGCGGCAAGCUUAUAUGACCAAGGAGGUGAACUCGCUGGGGGACAAUGGGGCAAACAGCUACUCGAACUGAUUGACAUGCUGGGGCCGAAGGAAGUGUUUUUGAGUAUCUACGAAAACGAUAGUGGGGAGGAAGGGGAGAAAGCAUUGCGCAAACUGGAAAAGAAAAUCAAUUGCCCCAAGUCCAUUGUAUCCGAGAAACACCUGGACAUCAAGAACUUGCCAUCCGUGACCAUCCCGGGCGGAUCAAAACGCGUCAAGCGCAUCGAAUACCUGGCACAGGUCCGGAACCGUGCGCUGCAGCCCCUGGAGGACCACCCCGAGAUCCACUAUGAUAAGAUCCUCUACCUCAACGACAUACUUUUCAAACCCGCGGAUGCUCUUCAACUAUUAUUUUCGACGAACGUCGAUGAAAAUGGCGUCGCCCAAUACCGAGCCGCGUGCUCUGUGGACUUUGACAACCCGUUCAAGUUCUAUGAUACCUAUGCAACCCGAGAUUUGAACGGGUACAGCAUGGGUCUCCCGUUCUUCCCCUGGUUCUCGACCGCUGGGAAUGGCGAGAGCCGGAAAGAUGUGCUGCAAGGCAAGGAUGCCGUACGAGUCCGCAGCUGCUGGGGUGGCAUGGUGGCUUUUGACGCCAAAUACUUCCAAAAUGGAACCACGCCUAACAACACCUCGCCGGCAUCCGAGUGUUGCCUCAUCCAUGCCGAUCUCCAAGACCCCCAAACCAACGUGGACGAGAUCACGGACACGGGGAUCUAUAUGAACCCGUAUGUACGGGUUGCGUACGACCGCCGAACAUUAUCCUGGCUUUGGGUCAGCCGUCGGUUUGAGAAACUAUACUCAUUUGUCCACGCCCUGGGUAACCAUCUCGUGGGGUUGCCCUGGUAUAAUCCCCGGCGGGCUGAAAGCCCCGGACAGAGUGUGCAAGAGACAGUAUGGGUUUCCAAUGGGACCCCGGACGGAGGCGGUUCUUUCCAAACCCUGGACCGGACAGCUGGCAAUGAUGGCUACUGUGGACGUCGAGGACUCCAAGUUCUUGUUGAAGAUCGCAAGCCCGGCCAAAAGGGCUGGGAGAACAUACCCAUUCCCGCCUGA